UAUAAGUCUAUUAAGUGUUUUCGCAAGCAUAUAGAAAAAAUGCUAUCAGAAAAAGAAAUGAAAUAUAAUUUUGAUUAUGCCGUACAUCUAAAUCGUUGGAGUAUGCAAUUAUGUGGAAUGUGGCCAAUUGAAGAUCGUUUUUCAAAAUUACGAUUCUUUAUUACGCUAAUAAUUAUGUUAUGCAUCACCGUACCAGUAAUGAUAAAAUGUUUUCUUUUAAAAAAUUUUUUUCAAGAAGUUGAAAUUAUUUUCAUUUGUAUUAAUUUGAUAUCAACAAUUAUUAAAGUACUAUUCAUGGGAAUUUCAAAACCAAAACUUGUUCCUCUUAUACAGGAUAUGAUUGGAGAUUGGAAAUACACACAAUUAUUGUCAAAAGAAGCAAAAAGUGUAAUGAUAAUUAAUUCAAAACGUGCGAGAUUUUUUAAUGCCUUAUGUAUAGCUUUAUUGUUUGCUCCUUUUUUGCUUUUUAUAACUAGGCCAAUAAUUUUAAAUUGGGGAGGUGAAUUUACAAAAAAAUCUUUACCAUGCCAAGCUUAUUAUCCUUUUGAUGUUGAAAAAUCACCAAAUUAUGAAUUAGUUUACUUGUGGCAAAUAUUAUUGAUAGCCUACACUGCUAUUGCGGCAAUGGGAAUAAAUACUUUUAUAACUUUAAUAGUUUUUCAUUUAUGUGGACAAUUACAAGUAGUGGCAUUGAAUAUAAAAGAUAUUAUGAAUCCAAGAAAUGUUUGUCAUUACAGAUCAAUGAUUCAUCAAGAGUGUAAAUGCUUACACUAUAUCGUUGAACGACACCUAAAAUUAAUCAGUGACUCAAAAAUUCUUGAAAAUUCAUUCAACAUUAUGUUCUUAAUGGAAGUUAUAAUCACUGUUAUAAGUUUAUGUUUUGUGAGUUUUGCAGUUCUUGUGGUUUCACCCGCUGGAGAUAUUUAUGGGACAUUCAUUAAUAUUGCCUACUUUUUUGCUCCAACGAUUUUAAUUUUUCUAUAUAAUUAUAUUGGCGAAAAUGUAAUUGAUCGAAGUCUGGAUAUAGGUGAUGAAGUUUAUAAUAUAAAUUGGUACGAUUGUAAUCCAAAAUUUAUUCAAUCAUUGAUGUUGAUUAUUAUACGUUCACAAAAACCAUUGAAACUCACGGCAGGAAAAUUUUUUCCCUUAUCACUUCAUGCAUUUAAAAAAAUUUUGAUUUCGGCCUUGUCGUAUGCAACUGUUCUUUUAGCAUCAAGUCGGCGUCAUUAA